AGCAACUCUUGUGGUGGAAGCUAAAUCUAUAAAACCCCAGAUUUCUCCCACCGUUCUUGACGGUAGAAACCAUCAUUCUCCAUCACAUCCCCAGAUUCCAUAUCCACCAUCAAACACAAUAGCUCGACCGACGAGUCAUUACUUGAUCUCUCUCUGUUUACACUCAUAAACUACAAUCUCUCUGCGUUCUUCUGAGCGCGUGCCUGAGCAGGACUUACCAACAUCACCUUUACAACGCUCAAAAUGUCUUCACAACAGACUCAGUUCUUCAAGGAGUCCCUCGCGGCUCAAGAGAUCCUCUCUGCUAAGCAGGAGAUCGACUCUCCCCUCGAGUCUCCCGAUUCCAUCCCCAGCUCUCCUGAGCUUGCCUCCUCCAGCUCCAGCGACAGCAUCGCGAGCCUCGGAACUCCCGCCUCUCCCCUUUCCCCUCCUGUCGACAAGCCCGUGGCCGACUCCUUCGUGUUCGCCUUUGACAUUGAUGGCGUCCUCGUUCGUGGCGGACGAGCUAUCCCCGAGGCUAUUCAGGCCAUGAAGGUCCUGAACGGCGAGAACGAGUACGGUGUUCAAGUACCUCACAUCUUCCUCACCAACGGUGGUGGCAAGACCGAAGAGGAGCGAUGCGGCGACCUCUCUGGCCAGCUCAAGUGCGAUAUCAAGCCCGGCCAGUUCAUCUGCGGCCACACCCCCAUGCGGGAGAUGGCUGAGAAGUACGGCACUGUCCUCGUCGUCGGUGGUGAGGGCGAGAAGUGCCGUCACGUUGCUGAGGGCUACGGCUUCAAGGACGUUGUCACCCCUGGCGACAUCAUCAAGCACAACUCUGCUACCACUCCCUUCCGCAAGCUCACCCCUGAGGAGCAUGCCAACUCCCGUGAGCGUGAUUUCACUGAUGUUGUCAUUGACGCCGUCUUUGUCUUUGCCGACUCUCGCGACUGGGCUGGCGAUAUCCAGAUCAUGCUUGAUCUCGCCAUGUCCAAGGGUGGCCGUCUCGGAACCCGCAGCGAGACCUUUGACGAGGGUCCCCCCUUCUACUUCUCCCACAACGACGUUGUCUGGUCCGCCGCCCACGAGCACGUCCGUCUCGGCAUGGGUGCUCUCCGCCGCAUGUUCGAGGUCACCUUCAAGGACCUCACUGGCGGUAACGGCCUCCUGCACACCCACGCCUUUGGCAAGCCCCAGGUUUCGACCUUUGAGUUUGCUUCCCGCCUGAUGGGCCAGUGGCGAAACACCGAGCACGGCCUCGUUGCUCCUCCCGAGACUGUCUACUUUGUCGGUGACACUCCCGAGAGUGACAUCCGCGGUACCAACGCUGUCAACGAGAAGGCCGACAACGACUGGUACAGCAUCCUCGUCAAGACUGGUGUCUACGAGGAGGGUACCGAGCCUGCCUACAAGCCCCGCGUCACCGUCGACAACGUCCUUGACGCCGUGAACCACGGUAUCAAGCGUGAGAUGGAGAAGAAGAAGGCCAUGGGCGCUUCCAUCAAGUCCAACCUCCUGGCUGAGGCCACUGGCGCCACUGAGAUCGCCGUGGACAUGGACGGCAUCACCAUCUAAGCCGCUGCUUUUCCAGAGCGUAUCUUCUUCACAAUCAUUCGACAAUUUGGGACAUCUUUACAGUUGCGUUUAGGGGUUUGGAAAUUUUCCUUUGUCACAGCCAUGCGAAAUGACGCCUUCUUUUUAUCUGUACACAACCAUCUGCAUUCACGACACUCUGCAGAUGGCAUCAGCGACACGCACUUUUGAACAGAAGAAGCAUAGACACAUCGUCCGGGAUAGAUUGCUAUGUUGUUUCUAGAUUGAAAGGCUUUUUCUUUUGGGCCUUUUUAGCUAGCUUCUCAUGAUGCACCACCUCACCCUCUUAUACCCUGAUGAGCAUCACAUCAAUUCAGAUAGAAUACAGCAAAAAGAUAGAACGAGAAAGCAGAAGCUUCUUACUUCAAUUAUUGGUUCAUGACUGCG